AUGCCUCCAAAAAAAGUUGUCAAAGAAGAACGAAUUUUGCUUGGUAGACCAAGUAAUAAUUUGAAGAUCGGUGUUGUUGGGAUGCCUAAUGUUGGCAAAUCCACUUUCUUUAAUGCUAUUACAAAAAGUGCAGCAUCCGCGGAGAAUUAUCCUUUCUGUACAAUAGAUCCAGAGGAAUCUCGAGUAGCCGUGCCUGAUCCUCGUUUUGACUGGUUAUGUGAAACAUACAAACCAGCUUCAAAAGUGCCAGCUUAUCUUACCGUCAUUGAUAUUGCUGGAUUAGUUAAAGGUGCAGCUACUGGAGCCGGAUUGGGUAACAACUUUUUGAGUCAUAUUCGUGCUGUGGAUGCCAUUUUCCAUGUUGUCCGGGCUUUUUCUGAAGAGGACGUAAUUCAUGUUGAAGGGGAACUUGAUCCUAUUAGAGAUCUUGAAAUCAUUCAUAAUGAACUUCGUCUCAAAGAUGAAGAAUUCUUGACCAAGAAAAUAGAAGAAUUGUCAAAAGUCACGGCACGCGUGGGAAAAGGUGGCUCUGCGGCCGAUAAAGCAAAGAAAGAAGAAUUGGAAAUUACGCAAAAAGUAUUGAAAAUAAUAACAGAGGACAACAAGGAUGUCAGAAAAGGGGAUUGGAAUAAUAAAGAAGUUGAAAUUAUUAAUAGCUUGCUGUUGCUUACUGCAAAACCCGUAAUUUAUUUAGUUAACUUAAGUGAAAAAGAUUACAUUAGGAAAAAGAACAAAUGGUUACCAAAGAUAAAGGCAUGGAUUGAUGAAAACAAUCCAGGAGAUUUGUUACUUCCUUUUAGUGCAUCAUUCGAGAGUCAGCUUUCAGCCCUUUCCACAAAAGAAGAAAAGGAAAAAUUUAUGACUGAAAAGGACGCUCAAUCUGCAUUACCGAGAAUCAUUGUGGCAGGAUAUCAAUCAUUGCAGCUCAUGUACUUUUUCACUUGUGGGCCAGAUGAAGUCAGGGCUUGGACAAUUAGGAAACAUACGAAGGCGCCAAAAGCAGCAGGAGUUAUUCAUUCGGAUUUUGAAAAAGGGUUUAUAUUGGUCGAUAUCAUGAGAUUUAAUGACUUAAAGGAACAUGGUAGCGAAUCUGCAGUCAAGGCGGCAGGAAAAUAUAUACAAAAGGGUAAAGAAUAUAUUUUUGAAGAUGGAGAUAUUGCAUAUUUCCGAUCUGGUCUCGCCAAUAAAAAAUAA